UGUUCGCAAAGCAAGAUGGCGACGAGUGACGGGGAGUAGCAGAAGCGGUGACAUUCUUGAUUUAUUUAUUUUACAGCUGUUUAGUUCGACCAGCUGGUAUGCCAGUUUUGCGGAGACGUAGGUUUUAUUAAUGUAGCUUUUACUAGUGCUAUGGCUUCUAUAGAAAAAUUAAUAAAGUCCUUCGAAGCCUUAAAGGUAGUCCAACCGUCUGCAGGAGGUGAAGAGCCGCUGCAUAAAAAAAAAGAAACAGUGCCAUCUAAAAAGGAGAAGAUUAUACACUGUACCAACAUUGCAGAUGUUAUUUGCACUUCAAGCAUACGGACUUACUCAGAUUUUCCUAAGCUUCUGGGCAUUUCUGUGGAAAGUUUUUUUUUCUGCUGUGAUGAUGAAGACAGUGAUGUGCGCAUGGUGGCAGAUGAAUGUUUGAAUCGAACCAUCAAGACUCUUCUAGACUCUCAUCUAGGACGGUUACAGGCUGAGCUGUACAAGGAAAUAAAGAAAAACGGCCCAGGUCGAAGCUUACGUGUGGCCCUUGGCAAAUUUGGAGACUUGUGCCAUUUAAUCAAGACACAAAAAUGCAGGGCAUACACGGUGAACUUGAUACCUUGCUUUGUGCGCAUAAGCCAGCGUUCUGAAGAGGAGAGUGUGCAGGAGGCCUUGACAAACACUGUUGUUCGAGCCAUGCCAAUGCUUGGGCAAUUCACCAACGACAACGACAUCAAGAUGCUGCUACGAACAUUCUUGCCCAACCUGUCUUGUCCCUCAGCAUUGGUUCGCCGUUGUGCAGCCCUAUCCCUUGUAACCGUAUGCCAGUGGUCUCGAAAGCCAAAUGUCUUCCUGUUGUGGCUUCUCAACGACCUCUUCAGCCUGGUGCUUCCAGUCCAGGAAAACCAUCCAGCUCACACUAUUGUUGGAGUCCUUGUUUGUUUCCGGCACUUGAUUCCUCAUCUGGGGAGCAAGCCCACUAAAGAAAUGCCUGUACUGAAAGGGGCUGAAAAAGCUGGCCCAACAUUGGAGCAUUUUCUUAAGAUUUAUGAGCUACUGUUGUACCAUAUAAGCAACACGGACCAGACAGUGGUGACGGCUGCAUUGGAAGCCUUAAACCAGCUGUUGACAACACCUCCGCCUGCACUCCUCCACAUGCUGGUGUGCCCAAAUGGUCUGACACAGUCAUUCAUCCAUGCUCCAAACCGCAGACCUGUUUCUCGUGCUGACACCUCAGGGAUGGGAUCUUCCUUGAACCUAGAAGAAGAAGUGGAACUUGUAGAUGAAAACGAUGACUCUCCAUUAGUAACAUGUGCCAUUCAAAGCCGAACUUCAUCUGAGCACCCUUCUGAAGCAGAGGAUGGCUCUGGGGGCCUUCCUGAGGAUAUUGAAGCAGCAAGUAUAGCAUCCUGUGAUGGCGAGGACUCUGACUUCUCAAUUGCCAGUACAGCUCCUACACACCUUCUUGCUUUAGACAGUCCUAUGCGUCGUCCUUGUUCACUGAAGAAAUUGGACCUGAAGGCAGAAGAGGAGGGCAUGUGGGAUAAGGUCUCCAUCAACUCUUCUCCUGGCUUCAAGGUGGAAUUUGUGCUGGGAAAUCCAGGUUCAUACCGCGAUGCGGAUGUGCCCCUCAAGUACUGCGCGCGCCUCCUUGCGUCCAAUUUCCUCCUGACGGGCACCAGUGGAGUGCUGAUGCCUGAUGCCAACGUGCGGGUCAGCAUGAAGGUGCUGGCCAUGGGCAGCCUGACCCGUGUGCUGCUGCUGUACCCUCCAGCCCUCUUCCUUGACCUACACAUCACCGCAGUGCCCGAUGAAGAUGGCGAUCAGAAAAUAUGGGAUGUUCUUGAAUUUGUGCAUCAUUCUGACCCUCAGCUUUGUGGCCAGACUGCCCUUCUUGUGGGUCACUACAUUGGCCACACACUCAAACUGGCAAGCCAUGGCUGGAAUUACUGGGCUCGCAAACAGACACGGAGGCCAGAUGUACCCAAACUAGUAGAUCUGGUUGGCAAAAUCACUAGAGUCACGGGCAGUUCCUCCUCGGUGUCCAGUCGCACAGGUGUGCAGGCCACCCGCCUUUGCAUUGCUAGCCUGCUCCACUCCUGCCAUGCCAACUUAGUGCCAUCAUUGCUCGAGGCUUGCAUGAAGCUCAAGGACAAUGCCUACUGGCUAGUCAAGGUGGAACUUGUGGAGAUGAUUGGGGAGCUGCCUUACCGCGCCCUGCAGCACAUAAGCAGUGUGGCCAGUAGUAUUACAAGGAGUGUUUGUCCCUGGAUGCCAACGUACCAAGAGAUUCUAGUGCACGAGAUACUAUUUGAGUUGCUUGGAGAUGAAGAUGUCAGGGUUCGCACAGCUGUCACUGGCGCUUUGACAAAGUGUGUUCCGCAGCUGUACUAUCCAGAGGACCAUCCUGGAGAAAGCGCUGUGUCAGCUGAAGCUCAGGUUGAAAGUAGCUUGCUACUGGGAUGGCUACUGCAUGAUUCAUGGAUCCCUGGGCCACCUCAGGUCCAUGGCCUUGUGCCUCCUUUCUCAUGCAAGGCUCCCCGAGGCUUGUCUGUCUACACUGAAGCCGCCCUGUCACGUAUUAUUAGCCUCUUGUGGAAAAGACUUGUUACUUCAUCCAGCAAAUACUUGUUGCAUGGCUGCUGCCAAGCCCUAGCCAACUUGGUGCUAGAGUAUCCUGUCACUGUGUACACCUUUGCCUGGAGCAGCAUUCUGGGUUCAGCCAUUCCUGUCUCUUCACCUCUGACACUUCGGUCACAAGCUAGUGUCAGUUCUAGUAGCGUGACACCAGAGAGCCCUCAAGAAGGGACAUCGGAAAGUGGAGGCCUGCUCGUGCAUCUUGUGGCACUGCUGGUGGCUUCACCAUUGACGUUGGACAUCCAUGUACACCAGCACGUACUCACCACUGCAGGUCACCUGCUGGCAGGGGCCUGCUUUAAGUGCAUCAGACCUCAGGACAUUGAAGCCAUGGCAAGUCAAGAAGGCGAGGAGCCAUGGGCGUCAAUGCGUGACCGCCACCUUGUGCCUCUCUUGGAUAAACUCUUUCAGCAUACCAUGAGGUUGCUUAAUGUGUUUGCACACACCCUGGACGAACAAGCAUCACCCUCUCGGGGUGGACUGGGCAUCUCGGGAGGCCCUGCACUGAGCCCCAUCCGACGUCGCAGCAAAGGCCGGGAGGAUGUUGCACUUGCAGCUGCUGGAAGUGCUGCAGCCAAAGGUGGUACUAGCAAGCUUGCAUCAGACUUGGACAAGGCCAGCAAGUCACAAGUGGGCCUGGGCCACUUUUCAACCCUUCCUCAGUACAUGAAGCUGUAUGAAGUCCUCAAGUCAGCCCAUUCAAACUAUAAGGUGUCUCUUGAUGCUGGAAGCAGUGAGAAGUUUUUGGGCCUGCUGAAAGCAGUCCUAAUCACUAUGGGUCAGAUUCUGGAAGUGGCCCAGCUCCAAGAUUUAAAUAGGCACGUGGAAGAGCUGCUGGGCUACUUGCGCCUAUCUAUGACCAUCGAGCCUCUCACAACUGUGCAGUGUGUCCGGCAGCUUCUCAAGGCUUUGUUUGGCACUAAUCUGACCAGCUUGUGGGAGGGAUGUACAAACAAUGACUCGCUGAGCACCAACCUGUCAGGGCCCUCAACCGGCCUCUACCACAACUGCUGCUCCUACCCAUAUGCCUGCCUAUCGAAACUGCUGGCCACCUACAGUUCAAGAUCUCCGCUUCUGACUGCAGAUGCAACAACUUUAGGAAGCUGGUUAAGCUGGAUGAGGCGAGGCUGUGAAAAGAAGAUCUCUGCCUUGCUGAAACCCAGCAACAAGAGAGGCAAGGCAGUACUGGCAGCACACAUUCGCCUUUUUGAACCUGUGGUCCUUCAGGCACUCAAACAGUACACAGUGUCGAGCAGCUCCCAUCUUCAAGCUAGUGUUCUCGACUUGUUGGCUCAACUGGUGCACCUCAGAGUCAACUACUGCCUGCUGGACUCGGAUCAGAUAUUUAUAGGCUUUGUCAUCAAACAGUUUGAAUUCAUCGAGGAAGGCCAGAUCCAGAAUGCUGAAGUGCUCAUUCCACAAAUCUUCUACUUCUUGGUACUGCUGUCGUAUGAGCGCUACCAUUCCAAGCCUGUCAUCAGUAUGCCUGAAAUCAUACAGCUAUGUGAUCGCCUGAUGGCCAGUGGUCAGCCACCUGACAGAUACGUAAUACCAGCAUUACAGGCUAUUGUGGAGGACCUGUUCUUGCUACCUAGUGCAAAUAGAACAGAUUCACGCAAGGAGCUGGAGACUCAGCGAGAAGUCGUUGUUUCUGUUUUGCUGCGGCUUAUUCAGUACCCUGAGGUAUUGGAGCUCCUCUUGGCAGUGGUUCACCACAGCUACCAGGAAGGAGAGGACAGGUGGAAGAAGUUUUCUAGGCAGCUCAUUGACGUCAUCUUACCACUGAUGUCGCGCACACAGGUCCACUUAGAUACCAGGCAUUCACUCAGUGUCUUGCAGAGGCUGUUUGAUGCUGUGUCACCAAGUGUAUUCCGGCCCGUUGACAUUUUGCUCAAAGCUCUCUUUGUUUGCCCCACAGAUCCAGUGGGGGCCGAGUCUCAGGCUGGCUUUCGGGCUGAGCGUUGGAUGUGUCUAGUACUGAUGAGCCUGCGUGUACUGCUGGCCUACACGAAGGAGGAGGUGGUGCUUUCCCGGCUGGCUGACCUUCUGCUGCCCUUGCGAGUCCCUCAUGCUCUGGCACCUGAGGCUCUCUUUGACCCACUAGACAUUGACUCUUUGGGUGACAACAUGGAAAAGGCUGUAGCAAGGUACCUGAUUCAAGUUGUCAAUGUCUAUGGCAAGCAUCUUUGCAAAAUUCUGCUUCAGUCUCCACCCACAGGCACGGACACAGUUUUCCCCUUUCAACAGAUGUCCAGUCUGUUGCUUUACCUUACGCACAUGUUCCAGUCAGGGAGUUUCUGCCGUGUAGCCACAGCUGCGAUGCAGGCUGUGCAUGCAGAGUCCAGUGCGGGUACGGAGGUGUGUGGCAUUGAGGAAAUCAACCAACACUUCUUGUCGCUGGCUUACUCUUACCCUACCCUGAGUGUGCAGUGGUGCAACAUCCUUGCCCUACUCAAUUAUGGCGAGCAAGGGUUCUGGUCCAGGGUGCUCUGGCCAAGCAUGGGCAGCACUGUCAAUGCAGCUGGAAUGGCCCGUAGAAACCUCAACACACCUUCUCAUUCUUGCAAUUUUGAGCUAGUAUCUCAAGCAGGGCUCAUCCUUCUCUGUGAUUACCUGUGUGAAAACAUAUACGAUGCUGAACCUAUGACCUGGCUCAUUGUCAACCACGUGAGUGAAAUCAUACGGCUGUCUUCAGAGCCACCUGUCUCUGAUUUCAUAAGUGUCAUUCAUCGAAACCCAGCAGCAAGUGGCCUUUUUGUUCAAGCAGUGCUUACUCGCUGCGAGACAAAAAGCUCGCAACCAAGCUUCAUGAGUAAGCUGCUGCACUGCUUGGAGGGUAUUCAUCCUGCCCAGUCUGCUGCCCUGUUGGCCCUGCUGGUGGAAAAGAUCUUAGUGACCCCUCACCUCUCCCUGGCACGGACUUGUGAGGCAUUGGCUCAGCGGCAGCUGGAGCUCAUUCUCACAGAGCCCGGCUUGACUGCCAGAUCCCCGACUGCUCUGCAGGACCUGGCUGGCCUGCCAGAGUUCAUGCGCUCUGCGAGGUUGCAUCUCAGACACCCGCACCUUCUGUCAUUAUUGGAAAAGCUGCUGAAAGGAGACGGAGCACAGCUGAUGGCAUCUGGAGAAGGAGCAGACCUCGUUAGCCCACCAAAGCUCCACGUCAAUAAGGAAUGGUUUCUUGCACAAGUACGGGAACGCUGCUGUUCUGGACAAGCAUCUGCAAUGGAGUGCUCCCGGCUGCUGGCUAACUUGAGUAAUGAAGAUACGGAAGCCAUCAUUCAAUUGAAGGAUGUGGGGCCAGCUGUGGUGUGUGCAAGCCUGCGACUGGGUGCCCAGCGCUCGAGCACAGGCGAGUCCGCGCUGUAUCGUGCGGCGCGGGCUUGUGUACUUGGCCAGACCCGGCGCUUGGUGGCUGAGCUGCCCCAGCCACACCACCCCUUCUUGGCAACAACAGUGGCUGAGUGCCCUCGGGAAGCACGACAUCAGGCUCGACUUAUCGCACUGCUGGAGGACACACAGAUUUGGGAUACGCUGUGCCGACUUGCACCACCUGUGGCCACAUAUCUGGAUGGCCUGGCAGCCUUGGCUUCUGAUAUGCCCAUUGAUAGCCUCGAGGAUGUGGCCAGGUUUGCCGUGCUCUGUGCUGAGGCCAUACGGUGGAUGACAGAGACUCCCGACUACUUUUCUUGCAACCACUUGGAGGAGUUUCUGCAAGCACUGGAUGCUGUGCUGAGCAGCCCAAGCCUGUCAUCUCUCAUUGGCCUCCAGAAGCAUGUGACUUGGGUCUGUUCUAUCACAACAGCCAUCUAUCACCUUAUCAAUCACUUAAAAGGAUGGAAAAGCUUCCCAGUAAAGGUAGCGCCUCGGAAGCCAAAAGGCAGCUCCCCAGAAUAUGCACAUGUGCAGCAGGCCUGCGUUCAUGUGGCUGAGCUUGUGGGCUGGUUGGAACGUUCAGGAAGGGAAGCUCAUAUCCCUGUUUUUAUAAAAACUACCCUGCACAGAGUGAUCAAAGGUGUGGCUCGCCUGCCACUGGUGAACAGCUUUGUUCGCACACCGCCAAUCAUGUGGCAGAUGAACUGGGUACCUCAUGUGAGUGGAGAGUGGCACACUGUUGUUCCACCACCCCCAGCUGACUUCUUGCUGGACCGAGACCUGCUGCAAGAAUACAUAUAUCGUGUGAACCUGCUGGGCUGGAUUUCACGACAGCAAUUUGAAGAAACAUGGAUGGCACUCUUGGGUGUCCUCAAUACAUCUCCAUCUGCAGAACAGGAAACAGCUGAGGACGAGCAAGAGCGAGUGACCGUGCAGUGUCUUUCGGUACGCUGCAUCACCAGUUUGCUGCUGCAGUCGCUGCAGCUGCCUCAGCCAGGUAACCCCCACAGCAGCACCCUACUGCACCAACCAAGGGAUAAGCCCUUUGCCUUUGUCCACACCCGGUGUGGAAAACGACUGCAGGCUGUUCGAACUCCAGUUCACGAAGCUCUUCUGACGAUGCUAAAACUGAACACCGGCAUGGCCUGGGGACGUUCCAACAUUGAGAAGAUGUGCCGCCACACUGAAUAUUCACUUGGUCAGGUUUCAGUCGAGUACAUGUGUGUGGCAGUGGGCCUGGCAGAAGGAGCUGACUUGACUAGCACAUCGUCACCCUUAUCUUCGUCUUCAUCAUCCUCGUCGAGCCAGUACUCGCCACCUGGUGGCAGCGUAGGCUGUCUGCGACGUGAAGCCAGCCUAGCAGCCGCAGGGCUGGACCUACGCUCAUGCCUGCACUUUCUGCUCGACCUGUACACCCAGUGGCUGGGUCCGCCUGAUGCCAUUGGCCAGCCACUUCUCACCGAGACCAUUCGAUCGGUGGUGAUGCUAUCAGACAUCUUCAUGGAAAGCUCACAGUUUGACUGGAUGCUGAGCCUGUUCAUGGAUAUGUACCGCCAUCACCCGAGUGAAGAUGAAAUCUUGGCCCAAUACCUGAUCUUAGGCAUAGCCAAAGCAGCAGCAGUUGUCAGUCUGGACUCAGACAUGCAGGAGAAAAUCCGCAAAUUUGUGGACCUGGGCCUGCGUUGCCAAAUGCCUUCCACCCAGCUGCUGUCCUUUCAUGGACUGCUGUACAUGCUGGCCCAGCCAGGAGACUCAACCUCACCACUGCUGCCUUCUGCCACCGAGUACCUUACCAAGCAUCUCGAUGACUCAGCCUUCAAGGACAAUGAACUAAACAUGCUGGCACUGUGGGCCUUGGCUUUCUUUUUGGCUGAGAACUAUUCAAGCAAACAAGAUCUCACACCCAAGAUUGUCCAGGUCAGCUUAAGCCAGUGUAGUGGAGACAACCUUCCCCUUUCACUCUACUUGUGCAUUCUUCAUGGGCUGGAGCGAUUGCUUUUGGCAGGUGUCAUUGAGAGUCAGGACAAUGAACUCAUAAUCAAGGUCUGCAUUGAACGCAUUCGACACAGCAAGCCAGCUGAAGCAAUUCCUGCCCUUGGUGUCAUGCUGUCUGCACUUUACAUAGCCCAAGGGGUAAAUAAGCGACGUUCUCAACCUUCAAUUGAGAUGGAGCCUGCCAACAGUGAGCAGCGAGCUGCAGCUUUAGAAAGAGCUACUCUCCUCUUCGACAGGAUCAAAAGAGGCUACCCAUUUGAGGCUGACCUUAUCAGCCAAAUACUGCCUGGGUUUCUUGGCGAGUUUUUUCCAGCACAAGACAUUCUUAACAAAGUUAUUGGAGAGUUUCUAUCCAACCAACAGCCUUAUCCACAGUUUCUAGCUGCAGUGCUUUUCAAGGUGUGUGAAGGACUUCACGAAGGCAACCAUGAAGAACUAAUGCAAGACUGGGUUCUUCUUUCACUAUCGAACUUCACUCAGCGUUCACCAUUGGCAAUGGCCAUAUGGAGUCUCAGCUGCUGCUUUGUCGCAGUAACAGCAACAGUCUGGCUCCGUGCUUUGUUCCCAUUGAUUCAGGGCAGAAUGGGCAUGUUUGAAGAGCAUGACAAGGAGCUCUUCUACAUUUCUGCUUUAGACUUUCAACGGCAGCUUGUGAAUGAGCAACACAAAACACAGUUCUACAACAUCAUUAAAGGUGUUGCCAGUCCAGAUACCCCAUAUGCAGAGCUCCUAAAGCAGCUGCCGCAGCCACCUUAACAAAGGAAACUGGUGUUCUCAGGAAUUUCCAGGAAUAAAACCAAGCAGUGGAAAGCCAAACCUGGUGCUGUAAAUAGUCUUGCUUGAAGAGGCAGGUUUUUAUGUUUUUGGCUGUCUUAUGCACAGUCAGCUGUUAAGCAUAUUGGAGCAGGUUUGAAGAUGUGAUAAGAACAGAACACGUUGACAUUCCCAGGCAUUCCACAGCUGCUGUCAGCCCCAUACAUGACUAUGACCAUUUCUCUGCCCUUUUCUGCCCUGCCCAGAAUGGUUCCAAUGUUUUCAUAACUCAAAGCAGUGGUGUGCACUCUAGUCAGUUUCAUGAUGGACUGUUAUGCAGCUGCACAGAAGCAACAUGCUGUGUUGUUACUUGCACAAGCUUCAAACUGGCUGUGAAUCCACACUGCAUGUGAAGCUUCAUGUUACUCGGGUUACUUAAUAAAACAAAACAAAAAAUCCCGAUUUCCUUGUACAAAAAGAAAAAAUAAAUCCAACUUCAAAAAUGUGA